GAGUUCUGCUUCCACCGCUGUGUGUCUCACAUGUGGAUCAGCAGCAGGAGGAGGCGGGGCGAAGCCACAUCUGGAUGAAAAACAUCUGGAGUCCCUCUGCCCUCCGCUGGAACCGGGACUCAACACCGACUCGACGACGCAACGACGGACCGAGCGCCGCUGUCUUUCUCCGGCUUCACCCCCGAUGAUGGUUCGGUGCUUCUGGACCGGGACCCUCGUCCUGCUCGCAGCCGGUCUUCCAGUUGUCGCCGAGUCUUUCAGCCACCUGAGCUACAACUUGUGUAAAUGGUGUGAAGUUUCCAGUCCGGUAUGUAAAGACAACGUCUGCCUCAGUAACUGCAAUCUGUCGUCCUUCUGCACCGUCAUGGAGGAGAUCUGCAUCGCAAUAUGGAGGAAAACCAACUACACGGUGACGGUGCAUACGAUGUGUCACCACCAGACUCUGCCUCUGGAGGGCGUUGACCCCGGACUGCUGCUUAACUUCACCACCAGGGAGUGUCACAUGGUCCAGCAGCCGGCCGAGGAGGGCACCAUGAUGGUCUGUGGCUGCCACGGCGAGCACGAAUGUAACGACAAGCUCAUCUUCGAAAAGGGAGCCAACGGUUUCUCCAGGCUGCACAGUAAAGACGUGAUCCCGGUGGUGGUGGUUAGUCUGGUGCCUCCUGUCCUGGUUGCUCUGGUCGCCACCGCCGCCUUCUACUUCUACCGCAUACGCCGCCCCGACAAACCAGGCCCUCCUGCACGCCCCGACUGGCCGACCAAACACACCCCAGAGCUCUACCAGGCUUUGGACCUGCAGGGUCAAGGCACUCAGAGGGAACAUGGAAGUCUGAUGGGUCCUGGUGGCGGCGACGAGUACAACGCCAAGGUACCGUCUCCUCAUGAUGACACCAUCCGCGAUGUGACGGACUGGCAGGGCCAACCGGCCGAACUGCUGCCCAUCAAGCUGGAGGUUCUGGUGGGGAAGGGGCACUUCGCUGAGGUGUGGAAGGGUCGGCUGCUGGAGGCUGAGCGGGGCGGAGUCAGCAGCUAUGACACCGUGGCGGUGAAGGUGUUUCCAGCCGUGGAGUACGCCUCCUGGAGGAACGAGUGCUCCAUUUUCUCUGACCCGGAGCUGCAGCAUGAAAACGUGGUUCAGUUCCUGGCGGCUGAGGAAAGGGGUUCGCCGGGCCACGCCCUCCGGUCCUACUGGCUGGUUCUGGCCUAUCACAGCCUUGGAAACCUGCAGGCUUUCCUCACUGCGAACAUACUGAGCUGGGAGGAACUUGUUGCCAUGGCAGGAAGCAUUGCUAAAGGAUUAGCUCACCUCCACAGCGACACGACGCCCAGUGGGGCACCAAAGGUUCCAGUUGCCCAUCGGGACCUAAAGGGCAGCAACAUCGUGGUGAAGAGCAGGAACGAGUGUGCACUGUGUGACUUUGGUCUGGCGUUAAGACUGGAUCUCUCCCUGACAGUCGACGACUACGCCAACAGUGGACAGGUGGGGACGGCUCGCUACAUGGCUCCUGAGGUGCUGGAGUCCAGGGUGAACCUGGAGGACCUGGAGGCCUUCAAACAGAUGGAUGUUUACUCCAUGGCUCUGGUCCUGUGGGAGAUGGCGUCCCGCUGCCACGCCAUCGGAGAGGUGAAGAGCUACGAGCCGGCGUUUGGCUCUAAGGUUUGUGAACAGCCCUGUGUGGACAGCAUGAGGGAUCUGGUGUUGAGGGACCGAGGACGACCGGACAUCCCCUCGACGUGGACACAGCAUCAGGGGAUGAACAUCUUCUGCUCCACCAUCACUGAAUGUUGGGAUCACGAUCCUGAAGCCAGACUGACGGCUCACUGUGUGGUGGAGAGACUCAGCGCCCUGCAGCAGGCCCAGGAGGAGGAGGAGGAGGAGGAAGAGGAGGAGGAGGAAGAACAGGAGGAAGAGGAGGCCGGGGAGGAGGAGGAGGAGGCAGGAAGGCAGGAGUAAGAAGAGGAGGAGGAGGAAGACAAUGACCACAAUCAUUCCUUCAGCUUGGUUUUCUCCUCUUCUUUCUCUUUCUCUGCACACUACAAAUGUUUCCCAUAAUUCCCUGCUUCACACUGGUUACUUCCUGUUGUUGCUGGCUGUGUUUUCACCAUCUGAAAAAAAGUGUUUAGUUUCUCCACUAAAACCGUUACUCACAGAAAAGUGGCUGACAGGCAAAGAAUAAGCUCUAGUGGCAGAAACUGGAUGAAUUUCUAUGAAUAUGUGAGAAAAAAUCUCCACUUUAGUUCCAUUUUUGGUUUGUUUAACAUGUCGGGGAUCAAAUACUCAAACAAAAUCCAUGAUUCAAGCAUGAGACUUUAUCAUAACUUAAAAAAAAUAUAAAAAAUCCACAAAAAUAUUGGAAAUUCAAGUUAGAUAGUAAAGGAUGUCGUAAAAAUGUGAAAUUUUCAUAUUAAUCCAAAAAAAAUCCAAGAAAAGAGUUUUUCGCCAAAAUGGAAAAAAAACUCUAUAACUGGUCACAUGCUGGCGCUAUUGCUGCUUCUGUUUGUAUCAGUUGAGUCAAAAUUCAGAAAAUAUUUUGCUCCACCAUCUUAGAUUUUGUUUAAAGCCGACUUAUUUGUUAUAUGGAACCCAAAAACUAAAAUAUUUUUUGGCAGAAUUUAGAGAAUUUAGUAUUUUUAGACCUGAGAAUUUAAAAAAAAAUACCUUGGAAGCCAUUAUAAGAGUUCCAUAUCUCCAGAAAUAAAACUCCCACCACCAUGAAGUUUGGUGAAGCCACAGAUUAAAUAGUUUCCAACAGAUCAAAAUAAGUAAAUGGCUCCAACAGAGGCCAACAUUUUCAUCACUGGCACUUGAAAAUGGUAAAAAGUGCAACAUUUUCAAAUGUUUGGUACUGGAGCCCAAGAAAGCUCCUGUCAGUGUAAGU